UCCUGCAACAUCACUUGCCUUGGCAAAAGAGGUAACGAUGGAGUUUGACGGCGGCUUAUGUGCGCGCAAUUGGGUCACGCAGCUUCAGAACAUCGGAAAGAUUUACAAUUUGGACGACGGAUGCAUGCACAUGCUGCUAAUUGCCAAACUAAAAGGAAACGCACAGCGCUGGCUGCACGCAAGCGCCACACGCAUCCUAGAAUCGACCGACCAGCUGUGCGAACAGUUAAUCUUGACAUUCGAGGUCAAGAUGUCAAAAGGGGAACUGAGGAACGCAUUUCAAAAACGCGAAUGGCAUCCGGAUGAGAAAUUUGCUGUUUACUUCGAGGACAAGGUGAUGCUGGCCAACGACAUCAACAUCGAUCUAGAGGAGCUCCUGGAAAACAUCAUUGAAGGAAUCCCAGCACCAGCGUUGCGCAACCAGGCGCGCAUACAGUGUUUCUCCGAGCCGAUGCAAAUUCUGCGGGCUUUCUCGGAAGUCCGUCUGCCGAAGCACAAAACAGGGAGCAGUUCAUCAAAGCGCCUUACUGGAGGAGGUGCAGCCAAUAAGGACUUACGUUGUGCCAAUUGCAACUCCAAAGGGCACUUCGCCAGGGAGUGUCUCAAGCCAAAGAGGGAGCCCGGAUCCUGCUAUGCCUGUGGGGCAUUUGGACACUUCGUCGGACAAUGCCCGGAGCGCAAGAACGCCAAUAUCAACAAUUAUAAUGCCUCAUAGACACAAGGAGUCCAAUAUCAUUUACAAAGUUAAGCAAUGUAUCCAAGGAAAUUAAUUUAGAAUCCGCUUCAGAAACCUAUUUCGGGCUGAAUAAAAGCCAACUGACAAUACAUGGAAAAAUCUUAUGUUACAUUAUAAA